GACGUCAGUGCAUACUAUACUACGCAAUCCGAGCCCCUCAUUUUAGGGUUAGGGUUUUAUAUAUUAACGCAGGAGGCGUUGGAGAGAGAGAGAGGGAGAGAGAGAGAGAUCGUCUUCCUUGCCGUGCUGCAAAGAUGGGUAUCUCUCGUGAUUCGAUGCACAAGCGGCGCGCCACCGGCGGGAAGAAGAAAGCUUGGAGGAAGAAGAGAAAGUACGAGCUUGGUCGGCAGCCGGCCAACACGAAGUUAUCAAGCAACAAAACGGUAAGGAGAGUCCGUGUUAGGGGAGGGAAUGUGAAAUGGAGGGCUCUUCGAUUGGACACUGGGAAUUAUUCAUGGGGAAGUGAGGCUGUUACUCGUAAGACUCGUAUCCUUGAUGUGGUCUACAAUGCCUCGAAUAAUGAGCUUGUCAGGACACAGACCUUGGUGAAGAGUGCCAUCGUCCAGGUGGAUGCUGCUCCGUUCAAGCAGUGGUACCUUCAGCACUAUGGCGUUGACAUUGGCAGGAAAAAGAAGGCUCCUGCUGCAAAGAAGGAGGCAACAGAGGGGCAGGAGGGUGAUGGUGCCACAGAGGAAGUGAAGAAGAGCAACCAUGUUACUAGGAAGUUGGAGAAGCGUCAGCAGGGUCAUAAACUCGACACCCAUAUUGAGGAGCAGUUUGGUGGUGGUAGGUUGUUGGCUGCCAUAUCUUCACGACCAGGCCAGUGUGGUAGAGCUGAUGGAUACAUCUUGGAGGGAAAGGAGCUGGAGUUUUAUAUGAAGAAGAUCCAAAGGAAGAAAGGCAAGGGUGGUUCUGGGGCUGCUUAGGAUGGGGGUUGCUCAAGAAAAUCUCCAACGUUUUGUUAGUAGACUACUCAUUGAAGAAGAAUGGCUUGGAUCUUACCAUUGGAGGAUAUAAUUUGCACCACCUAUCAUUGGUGGGCCCAUGAAAUAAAUGCUCAUUGUAAGUGAACCGUGGGGCCCCCAAAAUGCAAAUGGUGUUUUACUGAAAAGUGAAACCCGCCUAUUUUGAUGAGAUUAAGACAUUCAGCUUGAGUAGAAAACAGAAAAUGUAUAUUGAGUUUUGGACCCCCAACUGAUCCAUAUCAUUUUUCCUUUAUAUGCGGACCAUUUAUCUUUUUUCCUU